CUCAAUUCAACUACGAAAGAUCUAUCUUGAACCUGGACAAGCUCGUAUACUACUAACCCAAAACAGCUUCAACACCAGAUAUAUAACUCCUGGUGGCUAUCUUCUCACUGAACGACUUGUCAUCACAUUGGACACCUCUUUCGUCGGUGAAUUCGAAGCGUCACAAAGAGACUCAAGAAAAUGCAUUUUAAGAUUUCGUUCUUCCCUCUCUUGCUCGCCACCACUGGUACAGGGUACCUAAUCCCAAGCCCGCCGGGAAGGUACAACGUUACGAUAACGACUGGAGCUAUCGUCGACAACAAUCGCGACAGCCGGACGUUUAUGCUUUCCGUCUUCCAACCCGCAACGUGCACAUCCACAGUGCCUGUCGUAUACAUGCCCAACAGAACCGCCGCAUACGAGGGAACGUUAGCUAAGAGGAAUUACAACAUCUCUUACGACCUCACGCCCCUCUUCGCCACGGCUCGCCAACCAGUGUGCCCAAAGAAUUACUCGCCCCGAGACGACGCCCCUGUCCUCCUCCUGUCUCCUGGCUACAGAGGUAGUCGUCUCUAUUAUAAUUUUCUUGCCUCCGCUAUCGCCAGUGAGGGCAUCACAGUGAUUACUAUGGACCACCCUGGAGAGACCAGUUGUAUAACUUAUCCUAAUGGUACUGCUGUCUACGUCGACCUCCCAAAUCCCACGAACAUUGAUGACGAGACUCCAUACGCAUACGUCCGCGCCGCCGAUGCAUCUUUUAUCAUAGAUCAACUAAGCAAUGCGACCGCCAUGGCCAAACUUGUUCCUCGAAAGGUCCCAACCGACCGCAUAGUCAUGGCUGGUCACUCCAUAGGCGGUGCCUCAGCUAUGCUCGCCGCUAGCCAGGACUCUCGUAUUCGCGGUGUCAUUAACUGGGACGGCCCGUUCUUUGGCUCUUUGCCCUCAUCAGGACUAUCUCAGCCAUUACUCUACGUAGGCACGAGGCGCUCGGAACCUAGAUUUACAGCAAUUUGGCCAAAGCUCAACGGUCCAAAGCUGUGGGUCGAGAUUGCAAAUCUGACGCACGAGGGCAUGACGGAUCUACCUACGCUAUUCCAGGCGGUCAAAGAGAAUAACACUGAGAUGCUCGCGCAGCUGCUGGGUACGAUUGCGCCAGAACAGUCAGUUGGCAUUCUGGCAGCAUAUGCGCUUGAAUGGAUGAAGUACACUUUCGCAGGCAUAAUGGGAGAGCCGUUACUAGAGGAUCACGGAUGCAAUCAAUUUCCAGAAGUCUCCAUUGUAAGGAAAGGCAACUUCUACGAGUGGACCGGCUAG